GCAUGGGAUACAUGGUGAUGCAGCCGCCGCGGGUGGUGGCGGUCCACGCGGCAGUACCCUCGGGGGCAGCGCACCCUCCGACGCACACCCACGCGCCUGCGCACACGUUUCAGCCCGCGCCAACACACGCGCCUGCUCCGGCGGAGGGUUUAAGUCCAGCUCCCACUCCGAGCCCGGGCUCCAGUUCGAUGCAUGGCUCUGGUGGCGGAGGGUCGAGCAGGCCCAAGGCGGGCAUGGCAAACAUGGAGGCACGGAUCGAGGCGGUACUUGACGAAUGGGAGCCUGUUCUCGACCGCGAGGUGAUGGAACUCGCAGUAGCGCACGCUGGCAAUCCGGCUGCGAUGCUUGCGCUGCUGGACAAGGCUGCGAGCGGCAAGCCGAUCAAGAUCCAGCUGCUGGGCUCCUCGGUGGUCGGCGCCUACGCUGGUCGGUCACCGCUCGACGAUGCGGACUUGGCGCAGUACGGUGGGGCUGUUAGCGGCAAAGACGCCGCGGACGGGUACUUUACUCAGGCGUUUGAGGCGAGCCUAGGCGCCGUCUUUCCGCACGCCGAGCACAAGAUCAUCAACUCGGGUAUCGGCGGCUCAGCCCUUAAUGUCUACGCGCGAUGCACGUCGAUUGUCUUGCCCCACAUGGACAUGUACGUGCUCGAGUCUACGAUCAUCAACCGCAUCGAACACGAGAAGCAUCUCGAGCGCGUGCUGCUGCAUAUGCAAACGCAAUCGCCUGGAGCACCGGUGGUUCUGUGGAACAUGUUCCGGUGGUGCGUCCUCGGCCGAAAUGUCAUCGAGGGCUUUGACGCCUACUGCUCGGACAAGCCAUUCAACUACGACAACUUGCUCCCACUGUACACGGCCGAGACGGUGCGGACGCGGAAGCGGACGUACGUGCCGAACGAUCGGUUUGCAGACAUCGCCGAGUACUACGGCCUGGCUGUGCUCUCGGUCCGCAACUCGUUCUUCCACGCUGUGGCGCAGCAGACUGAGGGCUUUGGCUGGCACGACAUGCUCAAACCGGACGACAUCGGGGUCCACCCAACGCGGAGCGAGGAACGGCAAUGCUUCGCGACCUGUGGAUCUUUUUCUUUGUCCAUGCAAUGGAGCAGCACAAUCGUCGCUCGCGGUGGCAAGCGCACGGGCUCCCCGACUCACCGGCAGCCUCUCCAUGGCUUGCACCGCCACUCACUCUCACUGAUGAGGAGAUGCGGCCAACAUUGUCGUCAUGCUUUCGCUGGGAUAGCGGACUGGUGGGCAAGAAUCCCUUCGACAAGGCGGCAAAGAUCGUCGAGUCGUCCGGCUUUGAGGCCGUGGAUGAGACCGCAAACCACAAGCUCGGGCUUGCCGGAACGAAGCCUGGCAACCACGUAGUGUUUGAGGUUGAUGCUGGUGAUGUCGGUGAUGACAAGUGGAAGGAGGGCCAGCUGACGCUCAUGUACUUAACCUCGUUCGAGCACAUGGGCCGUGCCCGCGUUGAGUGCGUAGGCGGCUGCGGGUGCGACACAACGGAGAUCGACGGCCACAUCAAAGCCCAGCAGUCAGUCAUGGCCUCAGUCAUGAUCCCGCUGCAGUUGCAUGACGACGAGCUGGGGCGAGCCCACAAGUGUCAGGUCCGGGUCUCGGUUUUGGAUGAGACCGAGUCGGAAGGCCACAAGGUCAAGCUGCUGCAGGUUGUGUUUGAUGUGUUUCUGGACUGAGCUGGAUGAUCCGGGUGUUGAGAAUGCCUGGUGGCUAGCAGCUGGCUGAGAUUGAACAAACAACCAGGCAUGA